UGGCAGUUCAUUCCCUGUGCCUGUGCCUGGGAAAAGGAGAAAUUCAGUUUGAUGAAUGGCAGAAAAUGCCAUAAAUGGGUGGUGGGCUUAAGAGCUUGACAGAAAUUGUGGGCAAGCCUCACAUCUCCUUGAGCAGGUCCUCCUCUUUCUCAUCCUUUUGCUUCUGAGGGGAAUACCUUGGCCCAAAGGGCAGAUCUCAGGGAAAUAGCUCUAUUCUUGAUGUCUCACAAAUGGCUCAGGGAACAAACCUGGGUUCGCAAAGCAAGACUGGGCUGGAUGUGUUGGUGCGCAUGAGUGUGUUGUUUUCACAUAUAAACCGAAAUGGCUGCCUUCUUAAUUGGAAAUCCUCCACCAGUAAGUCCUGGAGUGCUGUUUUUCAUGUUCAUCCUCAUCUCUCCCAUCCAAGUACUAACCAGGCCCGACCCUACUUAGCUUCCAAGAUCAGACAAGAGCAGGUGCAUUCAGGGUGGUAUGGCUGUAGACCAUCCUCGUCUCUCUUAGAUGCAUUCAUCAUUUCAGCUAUACGCAUGCCACUACCUAGGAGGCUCCUGCCCCUCUGCUUUCUCCAACUCUCUGAAAAUCCCAGCCCUGACUGAACCUUAUUACCUGCUCUCUUUUUAACCUGAGCAGCUGAACACAGCUGGAGAGUGUCACAGGGCAGCAGAGCAGUUUGUGUCACUGGAAUGCUUCAGGCACUGUCAUUGGUGUGCCCCCAACAUUUACAAGUGCCCCCACCACUUCUCUGCUCCACAUGCCACAUUUCCCGGUGAUUCUCCUAAUGUCCUAAUUGUCAACACGCCUCAAACCCACACCAUCUACCACCUUUCUCAGCAGACCAUUUCACCUGCACCUGCAGGAGACAAUGAAACCAUCAGAGAAGUUUCCCUUAACAUCUCCCUGCCAAAACUGUGGGCCUCCUGGGGGCUGCACCUCCCCACCUCCUCCCUCCCCAGCCAAUCCCUCUACCUGCGCUGGGGUGUGGGUCACUCCCAUGUUCCCUUCCAUGGUCUCAACCCUCAGUUAUUACUUCUCCUUCUGGUGUGUCCAACAAUUUUUCUCAACAAGUAAACAUACCCAAUGUUUCCCAUCUUUAAAACUGCACCUCCCGACCCACCCAACAUUCUCCUGCAGCUCCUGCCUUCCUUCCCUCCUCCUCUUUACGGUCAGAGUGAUCAAAUUGUGGUUGGAACCACUCCCCUUCCACUCACUCCUCAACUCCCUGUCGCCUGGCUCCUCUGCCUCACUCCACAGGAAGGAUUCUGGUCAAGCCACCAGUGGCCUCCAUACUGCUCAGUUGGAAGGAUGUGCUUCCGUUGCUUCCCCCAUGACCUCUCAGCAGCAUUUCCUCAUAUUGCCCUAAAAUAAUAUCUCCUGGCUUUUAUGAAAACACGCUGGCUUGGUUUUUCUUCUACUCUCACAAUGUCCCCAUUUCCCAAUCUAGUUAAGAAAUGUUUGCGUUGCUAAAUGAAACUCUUUCCCAGUCUCAAUAGAAUCCCCAAGCACUCACAUCCAUGCCACAGCCUUGAUUGCCAUCCAAAGGGGUGUUACACAUACAAAGCUAGGCACGUGAUAAGCACUAGGUAAAUGCCUUUUAUCUAUCUCUGUGUUGAUAAUUGUCAAAUUCUUAUCCCCAGCACAGAUCUCUCCUUAGUCUCCAGACAUGUAUGUAUUGAACUGCCUAUUUCACAUCUCUGGAUGGAUAUCUCAAAAGCACACUAAGCUCAUCCUCUUCAAAACUGAAUGCACCAUCCCUGCUGAGCCUGGUCCUUUUCUAGAACUACCUGGCGUGCUGGAGGACCCUACAGUCCAUCCCCUUGUGCCCGCUGGAAGCCUCAUCCUCCACACAGCCAUCCAUCUCCAGGGGUGCCGAUUUCUCCUCCUUCCACUCAUCUCCCUCCCCUUUGGGCUCCUCUAGCCCCAGCUGCCCUCAUUUCCCCUGAACUUCUCCAGGAGUCUGCCACCCGAACUCCACAUCUGCUCUGUUUUCCAUCCACCCUGUUGCCAGGCCAAUCUUUGCAAAGUGCAGAUAUGACCAUAUCCAGCUUACUGCCCCUGGUCCAGCAUUGUCUAAAACCCUUCAGAGACUUCUCAUCUCUCUAAGGAUAAAGAACAAAACUUAUGACAGUAAAAGGGUCUGGACCCUGCCCCCCACUGCACUCACCACCAUUUUCUUGGUGGUUUAGUCCUGAUGGCCUCCAUGAGGCUCUCUAUGCCGUGCCUCCACCCCACCCCAACACAGGCCUGUGCAGAUGCUGGUCCCCUGUCUGGAGGGCUCUUCCCCUUCACCCUUCACUUGGGUAACUCCUACUCACUCUUCAUGUCUCGGCUUAAACCUUCUCCCUGACCCCUAGGGCUGCAAGGGACUCUUUUACUGUAGCUUCAUGGAACCCUAUAAUUUUUUCCCAGAGCAAAGAGGGAAACAUGAAUUUACUGGUGUGGUUACUUGAGUUCUGACUAUCGCCCUACAGGCUGCAGGUUUUCAAGAGGGCAGAGCCUGUGUCUGAUUUCCUCAUGGUGGUGCCCUGGAGCCCAGCACAAGGCUUGGCAGCUGUGCCUCUCUAGACUCUUCCUGGACUUGAAGCUGUGAUGGCACACCUCGUGAAAAAGGGCAACGGCAGCAGAGCCCAGAAAACAUGUGCUCCAGGUUCCGCGAGCCAGGACAUCUCUUUUGUCCCCUCACUGUUAAACUCUGUGUCCAUCUUUCGAUGCCUCUGCCCUGUGCUGGGAUGGAGUAGACCUCUAUAAUUUCUUCAGUUGCAGUUGUGCCCCUGGGUCUAAUCCGGAUUCCUCUCUCUGUGCUCUGUGUGGUGGCAGGUGCAAUCCUGCCCACACAUGGGCUCACAACAGCCAGGAGAGGUACUACGGCUCCAGUGGGGCUUUCAGGCAAGUAGUGUCUGUGCACCACCUUUCUCUUUGCACCAACCCAGUACAUUUCUUGUCCUCUCACUUUUUCCAUCAUCCCAGCAUCUGGCUGCUGCAUUUGGAAGGAGCCAGAAUCUAGGAAACAGAACUACUGCAAACUUUGAAUGGCUCCAAUGACUCAAGUCCAGCUCUUCUCUAGGGCACUCUCCUGCAGACCCAGAUGAUUUAGGGCACCUUAGGGCACAUAGGGAGAAGCAAGAAUGAUGGCGGCAGAGUCACGACUGUAAUUCUACUUUUGCCACUUUCUUAUGUGUGAUUGUGGACAAGUCAAGAAUCCACCAGAGUCUUGGUUUAAAGUCACAGGAGGGACACCAGACACCUCACUUCUUACACUUGGCUGGGCUGUGUCUGGCUGUCCCUGAUAAAACUGUGAGAUGGUGUGCAGUGUCGGAGCAUGAGGCCACUAAGUGCCAGAGUUUCCGCGACCAUAUGAAAAGCAUCCUUCCAUCCAAUGGUCCCAGUGUUGCUUGUGUGAAGAAAACCUCCUACCUUGAUUGCAUCAGGGCCAUUGCGGCAAACGAAGCGGACGCUGUGACGCUGGAUGCAGGUUUGGUGUAUGAUGCUUACCUGGCUCCUAAUAACCUGAAGCCUGUGGUAGCAGAGUUCUACGGGUCAAAAGAGGAUCCACAGACUUUCUAUUAUGCUGUUGCUGUGGUGAAGAAGGAUAGUGGCUUCCAGAUGAACCAGCUUCGAGGCAAGAAGUCCUGCCACACAGGCCUAGGCAGGUCCGCUGGGUGGAACAUCCCCAUAGGCUUACUUUACUGUGACUUACCUGAGCCACGUAAACCUCUUGAGAAAGCAGUGGCCAAUUUCUUCUCGGGCAGCUGUGUCCCUUGUGCAGAUGGGACGGACUUCCCCCAGCUGUGUCAACUGUGUCCAGAGUGUGGCUGCUCCACCCUUAACCAAUACUUCGGCUACUCAGGAGCCUUCAAGUGUCUGAAGGAUGGUGCUGGGGAUGUGGCCUUUGUCAAGCACUCGACUAUAUUUGAGAACUUGGCAAACAAGGCUGACAGGGACCAGUAUGAGCUGCUUUGCCUGGACAACACCCGGAAGCCGGUAGAUGAAUACAAGGCCUGCCACUUGGCCCAGGUCCCUUCUCACACCGUCGUGGCCCGAAGUAUGGGUGGCAAGGAGGACUUGAUCUGGGAGCUUCUCAACCAGGCCCAGGAACAUUUUGGCAAAGACAAAUCAAAAGAAUUCCAACUAUUCGGCUCUCCUCAUGGGAAGGACCUGCUGUUUAAGGACUCUGCCCACGGGUUUUUAAAAGUCCCCCCCAGGAUGGAUGCCAAGAUGUACCUGGGCUAUGAGUAUGUCACUGCCAUCCGGAAUCUACGGGAAGGCACAUGCCCAGAAGCCCCAACAGAUCAAUGCAAGCCUGUGAAGUGGUGUGCCCUGAGCCACCACGAGAGGCUCAAGUGUGAUGAGUGGAGUGUUAACAGUGAAGGGAAAAUAGAGUGUGUAUCAGCAGAGACCACCGAAGACUGCAUCGCCAAGAUCAUGAAUGGAGAAGCUGAUGCCAUGAGCUUGGAUGGAGGGUUUGUCUACAUAGCGGGCAAGUGUGGUCUGGUGCCUGUCUUGGCAGAAAACUACAAUAAAAACAGCCCUGAUUGUGAGAAUACACCAGAGGCAGGGUAUUUUGCUGUAGCAGUGGUGAAAUCAGCUUCUGACCUCACCUGGGACAAUCUGAAAGGCAAGAAGUCCUGCCAUACGGCAGUUGGCAGAACCGCUGGCUGGAACAUCCCCAUGGGCCUGCUCUACAAUAAGAUCAACCACUGCAGAUUUGAUGAAUUUUUCAGUGAAGGUUGUGCCCCUGGGUCUGAGAAAGACUCCAGUCUCUGUAAGCUGUGUAUGGGCUCAGGCCCAAACCUGUGUGAACCCAACAACAAAGAGGGAUACUACGGCUACACAGGGGCUUUCAGGUGUCUGGUUGAGAAGGGAGAUGUGGCCUUUGUGAAACACCAGACUGUCCUACAGAACACUGAUGGAAAUAACUCUGAUCCGUGGGCUAAGAAUCUGAAGAAAGAAGACUAUAAGUUGCUGUGCCUCGAUGGUUCCAGGGAAUCUGUGUUGGAGUUUGAGAAAUGCCACCUGGCCAGAGCCCCGAAUCAUGCUGUGGUCACACGUAAAGAUAAGGAAGAUUGUGUCCGCAAGGUGUUACUUAACCAGCAGCGCAUAUUUGGAAGCAAUGUAACUGACUGCUCGGGCAACUUUUGUUUGUUCCGGUCCGAAACCAAGGACCUUCUGUUCAGAGAUGACACAGUAUGUUUGGCCCAACUUCAUGACAGAAACACAUAUGAAAAAUACUUAGGAGAAGAAUAUGUCAAGGCUGUUGGUAACCUGAGAAAAUGCUCCACCUCACCACUCCUGGAAGCCUGCACUUUCCGUGGACCUUAAAAUCUCAGAGGUAGGGCUGCCACCAAGGUGAAGAUGGGAGCGCAGAUGAUCCAUGAGUUUGCCCUGGUUUCACUGGCCCGAGUGGUUUGUGCUAACCACGUCUGUCUUCACAGCUCUGUGUUGCCAUGUGUGCUGAACAAAAAAUAAAAAUUAUUAUUGAUUUUAUA